UGUGAAGGAGCUAGGCUAGGCUAGCAGGCAGGCAGGCCAGCGGGAGUGUGUGACCGACAGCGGGGUGACAUGUGCUAGCUGAACAACAAAGACUGCAUGCUCACGGCUUUCAGGUCCAGCACGCCGUCCUUCGCCUCCUGCAGCAAAGUGACGAACUUGGCGGUGAGGAGUCCCAGGCUCUUUUCGUGUCUGCUCGGCGUCUGCGGCUGCAGGGGGUCCCCCAUGGACCCCAGUUCGCCCCUGUUACUGGCCGACUCCAGCUCCAUCAUCUCUCCGCUGCCGGGACCAGAGCCUCGCCGACCACCCCCCCUCCUCCAAAAAAAAAAAAAAACAGGAAGCGAGCCCGGGAAAGCACGCUCCGCCGCCCUUAAUCGAAUGAAAUAAAGGACGGUGGCGUGUGUGGCAUUAGAGCGCUUUCCUGGGCGGAAUGGCUCCGAAAUACGGCGCUAAGAUCAGCCGGCGAUGAUUCAUUGAGCGAGCUGUCGGUUGGGGAGAGCCGUUGGCCACGCGAGUUUGUGCAAUGAAGAGGACCAAAGCAAAAGAAAGCAACAAAACUGAGAAGGAGUUUGUGUUGGAGUUCAAGGCGGGGAAACACAACUGCCUCCUCAAAGUGCCUCUGCAGUUCCCUGUUGAAGAGAACAUCAAUGACCUCCAUGGACGUCUGAUGCUGCUACAUAAAAUACCUUGCUACAUAGAUCAUGAACUGAAAGUGUCCUUGUCGGACUUUAUUGAGAAGGAGACCAUCUCAGAUUACGACAGGGAGGCCGAGGCGGCUCUACAGAGACUCACAUCGGGCCAGGUAGACACUAACCAGCUCGCCAAUGCAUGGACCAGAUCCUACGUGGAGACCACGCUGGAGCACGCUCGACCCGAAGAGCCCAGUUGGGAUGAGGAUUUUGCCGACGUUUACCACGAGCUGAUCCACUCCCCUGCCUCGGAAACACUUCUCAACCUGGAGCACAACUACUUUGUUCGCAUAUCCGAGCUCAUCAGCGAGAGGGAUAUGGAGAUCAAGAAGAUACAAGAGAGGCAAGCCGCAGAGAUGAACAAAGUCAUGCACGAGUUGGGAAACACGCUGAGUGACCAUGAUGUAAACGCAGUGGCAUCGCAGCACUUUGAUGCGCAACAGGUGCUGGAGAACAAGUGGGCCAAUGAAUUAAAACAAGUGACUUGCAUUCAAAAGCAAGAAUAUCAGGAGUGGGUCAUUAAACUGCACCAGGACCUGCGGAAAUCCAGCAACAGCAGCAAAAUUAAUGAGGAGAUUAAAAUGCAGCCCAGCCAACUGUCGGAGCCUUCUGAAUCAGCUGGCAGGAUGUUUGAGGAGCAGCCCCAACUGGAAGAGAGCUUCACUAUUCAUCUAGGAGCCCAGUUGAAGACAAUGCAUAACCUGCGACUGGUCCGGGCUGAUGUGUUGGACUUUUGUAAGCACAGACAUCACGGCAGCGGCGGAGCAAAGCUGCGGCGCCUUCAAACGGCCCUUUCGCUCUAUUCAUCUUCACUCUGUGGUCUGGUUCUGUUGGUUGACAACAGAGUCAACUCCUUCAGUGGCAUAAAGAGAGAUUUUGCAACGGUGGCAAAGGAGUGCACGGACUUCCACUUUCCUGCUAUGGAGCAACAGCUGGAGGAGGUGCAGCAGGUGGUGCUCUACGCUCGAGCACAGCGGAGCCGCAAGCAAAAAGAACAACCCGAAAUCCCAAAGAAUGGAAGCGAUGACAAAAGUAAAAAUGUGGAAAGAAAUCCGUCAAAUAUAUCACCAGGCGAGUUCUACGUCUCGCGGCAUUCCAACCUGUCCGAGGUCCAAGUUGUCUUCCACCUGUGCGUGGACGACAACGUGCGUUCAGGGAACAUCACAGCCCGGGACCCGGCCAUCAUGGGCCUGAGAAACAUUCUGAAAGUCUGCUGCACUCAUGAUGUCACCACCAUCACUGUCCCGCUGCUGCUGGUGCACGACAUGUCAGAGGAGAUGACCAUACCCUGGUGUUUGAAGAGAGCUGAGCUGGUGUUCAAAUGUGUGAAAGGUUUCAUGAUGGAGAUGGCGUCGUGGGAUGGAGGCAUAUCACGCACUGUGCAGUUCCUUGUGCCAAAGAGUAUUUCCGAGGAAAUGUUCUACCAGCUGAGCAACAUGCUGCCUCAGAUCUUCCGCGUCUCGUCCACCCUGACGCUCACGUCAAAGCCCUGAUGGGUAUCUGCUCCCCACUACAAACUGUACUCAAGCUUCAUGUUUCUUUUGUAUUUUAUCGAGAAUGAAAAAAAGUAUCAACCACAUUGAGGACGCUUGUGAGUGUUGUGUGUAAAGCUGCGUAUCGUACUGAAAGACGACUGAAUGCCAAAGCAGCAGUUGUAAUUCUCUCAAACCUCCUGGGUGCAGCUUCACUCACAUACUUUUAUGACAUCAGCAACCAAGCAAUUGAUGUACUUUCCUCAAAGCUGCUCAUCUGUAGCUUCCUGCUUGUUCUGAGUCGUGCUAUAACGCUGCAUUCAAGGCCGUGGUAAUUCAUCCCACUGCAAAGCAGUAUAAAUAUUUUCACUCUGCAAAUAAGAGAACAGUGCAACCUUUAAAGUUGAAACCGGUCUAGGACCCUGGUCAAAUGAUAUAAUACAAAACUAUUGUUUUGUUAGCAAAUAAUGUAAGUUAAUACUCAAUAUAAUAAUCAGUUUCAAGGUUCUAUUAAUCUACAUUUAAAAUACUGCUUGUGGUCUAAAUUAGGUGUGAUCGCGAGCGACCGGUCGACCAUUGAGAGUGUCAGUCGAUCGCCAGGUAGGCAUUGAAAAAAUACACCUAAAAAUUAGCCUUCCUCAAUCUUCACUAAGAUGUCAAUUUCGUCACUUGAUUGACAUUCACGGCACUCAAGGAUCUUGUGAGAUGACGCUGGCUGCUGCGUGAUCAUUAUUAAGAAAAAAUGACCGACAGGAAGGCGAGAAACACUUUUUAAUUUCAACGGACUCUCGCGCCGUACCUUCCGUCAAAACUCCAAAGACCGACUGCAUAUUGUCUUCACAAUAAAAGCCCUGCUUCAUCUUGCCUGCGCUAACAAAAUAAGAGUCUCAGAAAGCUAGCGCACACACUCCAAAAACUGGAAUCUAAGAAAGAUUAAAUAUCUCAAAUAAG